UGCUCACUAUAAGCCAAAUAUACAAUUAGGGGCGCUUAAACCCUUAUUCCCGUUUCCUGUUUAUCCCUCUUUUCCCAAAUUAGGAUGAAUUAAUAAUUGAUUAAGCAGCCAUUUAUCUUCCCUGCGAAGUGCGAACUCUCUCUUCUGCUUACUGCUGCCUAAACUGCUAUCUGAUCACGCUUUUCUUGACAGUUGUUGACGUGUGUAGGGCUUUAAGGAUGUCUCUUCAUCCUACUGCGCCAAUAAACUCAGUGGAUGAGGAUGCAUCAUCUGGCUCUGGAGAGGAGAUGAAUAUGGUUGAUGGGCAUAACAAGCGUCAUUCUGCAGCCCCAACAAGUUCAGGACGUCAAAAAAGAAGUCGCAAGGCAACAGGUGAUGCCAUAGUUGACGCCAUGCUAGAAAUCGCAGCUGCUUCUAAAAUGAGAGCUGCUGCGCUGAUGAAGAACGAAGAACGAUUUUCUAUAAGCAAAUGCAUCAAAGUAUUGGAUGAAAUGCAAGGGGUUGAUCAGUGCCUCUAUUUUCUUGCGUUGGACUUAUUUGAGAAUUCAAGUGCACGAGAGACUUUUAUAGCUCUUAGAAGUGAGAGAAGAUUAAUGUGGUUGCAGGGAAAGUGCAAAAUCAUAUCUGUGUUAUAAAAUUGAUUACUUCUUUUCAUAUGCUCAUAUACAAAUUAUAGGGCCUAUAUGGUUUUGGGAAUCCUCUUAUAAGGAAUAAUUUUUAUUUUACUAGGUGAGCUCUUUUGUCAAUAGUGGAGUGAAAUAUGGAAUCUCUGGUUGUCAAGUCCUGAUCAAGGCCUUUUCUUUUUAGGGUUUUCUAAGUACUAACCUUUGACUUCUGCCUGAGAAAAAGUUUUUACAUGAAGUCCAGUGAUAUGAUUGAACUUCUGUCAGGGGUGUGUAUGGAACAUUGAAUGUGAAUACCUUUUUUCCUUUUAUGGAAAUGCUUUAAAGAGAGAUGAAAUUGUGUAUAUGAAGUAUUGAAAUGAUAAAUUGCUAGUUGGAGUAAGCUUCAUUUCCCUUUUGUUACAAAAUAUCUAUUUUGUUUCUGCUAUGCAAUGUCUUCAGAUACGUCAGCAGGCAUGGAGGACUUUGAUAUAGAACUGGAUGAGAUGGAACUAGUUGCUGCUGCUGUUGGAUACUAUUCUUAUAAUAAUAUAAAUAAGCAGCCUCGCCAUAGUCUUUCUUCUAAUCGACCUAACUACAUGACUGAAUUAAUGGAGGGGCCAGAACAUGCAUGUCGUGAAAUGCUUAGGAUGGAUAGACAUGUUUUCCACAAGUUAUGUGGCAUUUUCCGACAAAGAGGCAUGCUUCGUGAUACAGCUGGGGUGUCAAUUGAAGAGCAACUGGGAAUAUUCUUGAAUAUUAUUGGACAUAAUGAGCGUAAUCGAGUUAUACAAGACAGGUUUCAGCAUUCCGGAGAGACCAUCAGCCGGCAUUUCAAUAACGUUUUGAAGGCCAUCAAGUCAUUGUCCCGUGAGUUCCUACAAGCACCACCAGUCAACACACCCCUACAUAUCCUUGGUAGCAAACGACUCUUUCCAUAUUUCAAGGAUUGCAUCGGGGUAAUCGAUGGCAUGCACAUUCCUGCAAAUGUGCCCGCAAAAGAUCAAUCUCGAUUCCGUAACAAGAAAGGUUCUCUGUCACAGAAUGUUUUGGCGGCUUGCACUUUUGAUCUGCAGUUUAUAUUUAUAUAUCCAGGAUGGGAAGGUUCUGCUUCAGAUUCUCGUGUACUGAAAGCCGUUCUUGAUGAUCCAGAUCAGAAUUUUCCUCAUAUUGCUGAAGGUAAAUAUUAUCUUAUUGAUACAAGUUACUUGAAUAUGGAAGGAUUCAUUGCUCCAUUUCAAGGAGUCCGGUACUCCAUGCAUGAAUUCAAAGGUGCUAAAUGUCUACCUAGAGAUGUGCAAGAGCUCUUUAAUCACCGGCAUUCAACCCUAAGACAUGCCAUUUUGAGAACUUUUUAUGUUUUGAAAGAAAGAUUUCCUAUUCUGAAACUUGCUCCUCAGUAUGCAUUUCAAGUUCAAAGAGAUAUUGUCAUUGCUGCUUGUGUCGUUCAUAAUUUUAUCCGACAAGAAGAUUGCAAUGAUUGGCUAUUUUCAAGUGUUGAAGAAAAGAUACUGGAAGAAGAGGCUCCAGAAUUUGAUGAUCUGCCUGAUAUGCAGUCAGGAUCUCCUUCAAAGGAGCAUAUGGGUAUGUUGCAACGAGACUCAAUUGCAACUUCUAUGUGGAAUGAUUUUUUAAAUGAAUGGAAUGAAUGGUGAAAUAUUACACUAUUGAUGUCAAUGUGUCGUUAACCAUCUAUGUGUACAUAAAACACGAAUGUUUUAGUAAUUUGCCCUAGUUACUGGCAGAAACUUGAUAUACAGAUUAUAUAGAUUUUA